GCACAGACUUCCGUGACUGGGCCCGGGACGUCCAUAGCCCAUCCAUAGACGUGGCCGUCUAUGCUGUGCUGCGUUCGCUGGCGCAGUGUCCCGUGUGGAGAGAGAGAGAGAGAGAGAGAGAGAGAGGGAGAAGUUUGCUCUGCCUGCAUCGCAGCCUCGGCGCUGCUGGAAUCGAACACAACAAUGGCGACUCCCAGUUCCAGCAGCAACUCAACAACCUCCAGCGGAAACAGCAACAUUGCAGGAUCCACCUCGCACCACCAUCACCCGCAAACACAACACAUGACCACCGUCAGCAGCAUGCAAGUUACAGACGUCCCACUGCAAUUGAGUUUACAUCAACCGAUGUUAGCUGCUACAUGCACAACUCAACCCAAGGCCUGCUACCAGAUUGAGAAAUUGAUGUUUCCCCUUUCACAAAACCUACAAAGCAACACGUGCUGGAGGUGUCAAAACGAAACAGGUAAACGUAAAGCCCUGAAGCUGAACUUCGCCAACCCUCCAGUGAAGCCAGCUACCAGGUUGCCCCUCAACCCCUCACCUUCAACUGCCCCUUCCUUCCAGAACCCACACAUAGAGCGUAUGAGGACACACAGUAUCGAGUCGUCGGGGAAGCUGAAGAUUUCUACGGAGAAUGCCUGUGACUUCACGGCCGAGGACCUGAGGGACCUGGGGGAGAUCGGCCGCGGGGCCUACGGCUCCGUCAACCAGAUGCAGCACAAACCCAGCGGACAGAUCAUGGCCGUCAAGAGGAUCCGCUCCACGGUGGAUGAGAAGGAACAGAAGCAGCUGCUGAUGGAUCUAGACGUGGUGAUGAGGAGUAGUGACUGUCUCUACAUCGUUCAGUUCUACGGAGCUCUCUUCAGAGAGGGUGACUGUUGGAUAUGUAUGGAACUAAUGUCUACCUCAUUCGACAAAUUCUACAAAUGUGUAUAUUGUUCGUUAGAUGACGUCAUUCCAGAGGAAAUAUUAGGCAAAAUUACAUUAGCAACCGUUAAAGCGCUGAACCACUUAAAAGAAAACUUGAAAAUAAUUCACAGAGACAUCAAACCUUCCAACAUUCUCAUGGACCGUAACGGCAACAUCAAGCUGUGUGACUUUGGCAUCAGUGGUCAGCUGGUGGACUCUAUAGCCAAGACCAGAGACGCAGGCUGCAGACCCUACAUGGCACCGGAGAGGAUAGACCCCAGUGCAUCCAGACAAGGCUACGACGUCCGAUCUGACGUGUGGAGUUUGGGGAUAACCCUGUAUGAGUUGGCCACCGGCAGGUUCCCGUACCCCAAGUGGAAUAGCGUGUUUGAUCAGCUGACCCAGGUGGUGAAGGGCGAGCCACCGCAGCUCUGCAACUCUGAGGACAGGCAGUUCUCCCCCAAGUUCAUCAACUUUGUCAAUUUAUGCCUCACAAAGGAUGAGUCAAAACGGCCCAAGUACAAGGAGCUCCUGAAACACCCGUUCAUCCUGAUGUACGAGGAGCGGUUUGUGGACGUGGCCAGCUACGUGUGUCGCAUCCUGGACCAGAUCCCUGCCUCCCCUACCUCCCCUAUGUAUGUGGACUGACGGGGGGGGGGGUCGGUACACCUCCACACACAACGCAUGACAUCCCGUGCCCUCAGUUACUAUAGUAACAAGGUGUUUGUUUCCAUGUUCCAAAGAACAUGAGAACAAUUCCAUAUUCCAAACCAAUCGUUCUGUGCAAUACGAUAAUACACACAUACUUGUCGCCACCCUGUUCAAUGUCCAUAAAUACAUCUAGAUUAUCCUCCCGUCUUCAGACAGCUAAACUUGGAAGACAUUCAAUUGGCUCAACGUAUAUACACAACGGUCAUCUUUUUUUAUGUGCUAGGAAAAAAACGGUUUAGAGUCAAUAUAUGGUGUAUACUUGAAAAUCGAUGUUACCAAAUAAACAAACAUGUUGGAAAGUGCCGCUCA